AACUUGCAUUAUAUUAACAGUCCAAAAGCAACUAUAUCAUCACUUGUUUUAUAGACCACAACACCUUUAUCAUUACUAUGUACUUUAGAAUACAUGCAAGUUAUUCUCCGUUCUCAAGCUCCCUUCUCAAAAAUUUUCAGUUUUGAAUUCUGGCACAGUCUGAUACUGCUGUUUCUGUUCUGCUUCGGCUUCAGCCCGUGAGAUUGUAUCAAUCCCUAGGCAUCUAACGGUUUAAACCACAUCUUUUCAAAAAGGGACCAUAACAUCAAUCAGCAGUAGUAGUUGAUGGCGAUCGUUUAGUCACUAUCACAUCAACACCCCUCUCAUAUAUUUACUCCUUUUCAAUCUUCACUCUCCGCUACCCUUUUCCUUGAUCUUGACAAACCUCAUUUUGUGUGUCCCUUUCUCACUCCAAACUUUCUCAUUCUCUUUCCCACUCAAAGACAUUUUUCCGGCUCUUCCGUCGCAGGUUUCCCGGACUCCAUCCAUCCAUCCAAUUGGAAACUCCUAAAGCCUCCAAACAUGGACGACAACUUAUGUGACAUUUUCGACGACAAAGAGUUUGGGAGCGACCACUUUGGUGGGGACGAUCUAUUCGCCAUUUUGGAGAGCCUAGAAUCGGACUUCACCCAUUUCCCUCCCAUUAACGAAGAAACUGUUGCUGUCUCCAAAGAGAACGAGGAUGUCUCCAGAUUGGUGUCUCAAAAGUCUACCUCGUCAAGUGCUCCACUAGAUUAUUCCGAAACUGAGUUUGAAACCUCAUCAAAAACCAAGAGACAGAAGCUUACUCCUACCACGCCAGAGGAAGCAAACCCGGAUGGACAACAAAGGAUGUCUCACAUCACCGUUGAACGCAACCGGAGAAAGCAGAUGAAUGAACACUUGUCUGUAUUGAGGUCGCUUAUGCCUUGCUUUUAUGUCAAACGGGGAGAUCAAGCAUCCAUAAUCGGAGGUGUGGUUGAUUACAUCAACGAGUUGCAGCAAGUGCUCCAAGCCCUGGAGGCCAAGAAACAAAGGAAAGUUUACAGUGAAGUGCUAAGCCCUAGGCUGGUUUCAAGCCCAAGGCCCUCACCUCUGAGUCCUCGGAAACCACCUCUGAGCCCGAGACUAAACUUGCCCAUUAGCCCAAGAACUCCACAACCAGGAAGUCCUUACAGGCCAAGGUUGCAACAAGGCUACAACAACAUGAUUUCACCAACCAUGUCCAACUCUCUCGACCCUUCUCCCACUUCUUCUGCUAAUUCCUCCAUCAACGACAACAUCAACGAGCUUGUUGCAAACUCCAAAUCCGCCACUGCUGAUGUGGAGGUCAAGUUUUCAGGGCCCCACGUUCUUCUCAAAACGGUGUCUCAACGAAUUCCCGGACAGGCUCUGAAGAUAAUCACAGCACUUGAAGAUCUCGCGCUAGAAAUCCUCCAUGUCAACAUUAAUUGUGCUGCUGAUGAUACCAUGCUAAAUUCAUUCACUAUCAAGAUUGGAAUUGAAUGCCAACUGAGUGCAGAAGAAUUGGCUCAACAAAUCCAGCAAACAUUCUGCUAAUUACUAUAAAGAUGAGUAAUGCCUGUCCAGAAUCCACACCAAACAUCACCAUGCAUGCAUUUCUCUCUCUUCUCUUACUGUGUUGUACGUACGUGGCUGUACAAAUAACAGAGAAGUGAUGGGAAGACUCGAUUUAAUUGCAACCUUUUUAUCAUUUUCUUUCUUUCUUUCUUAUUUAUUUUUAUUACAGCAAUCGGUAGUGUAAUUCCAUGACAAGUAUUAGGUAGUUCUUAGUAUAGUGACUGCUCUCCUGUAAUUGACCACUGUCAAGCUUUUAUUUUUCUAUGAAUUA